UAUCUUUAUCAGUCUAAGUUUUAUUUAUGGUGAGAUAUGAAUAUACGUGUAGUAAAAAAUUUCAUUCUAAAUUUUCUAUGUGAUACAGGUUAGAAUUUGUGUACGUGUUCAACGUCAAUGUUAAUAAAAAAUUCAGUAUUCUUGGUUACCGGGGGUGCAUCUGACCAAUAUGGAAUAGCUGCAGUUGAAGCAUUACUUAAAGAAGGAGGAAAAGUAAUAAUAUGUGAUUUUCCAACAAAAGAUUUACAUAUUUAUGGCGAUGACAAGGCGAUUUUUUUACCCAUAAAUAUAAUGGAUGAAAAUGAUAUAAAAACAUUAAAUGAAAUUAUAGUAGAAAAGUAUGGAAGAUUAGAUGGUGUAAUCAACUGCAUUGAUCAACAAAAGUUUGGACUUGCAUACGAUUUUAAUAAAAUGGAGCCUCAGGAUCUCAAAGAAUUCACGGAAGUGGUCCAUGAAAAUGUUUUAGGGCCAUUUAACGUAAUACGAUUAACAAUACCGCUGAUGUCUAAAAACAUACCAAAAAAAGGAAGCGGUCGUGGUAUAAUUAUAAACAUGUCUAACGCGGCAGCUUUUGAUGGAGUUAAGGGAUCUAUUGCUUAUGCAGCUAGUAAAGCUGCUGUAAUAAAAAUGACUGAGUCACUUAGUUAUGAACUGCAAGGAAUUCAAAUUAGAUGUGUUUCUAUUGUUACAAGCUCAGGUGGUAGCGACACAUUGGACGAAUUCGAUGGAAUUCCUGAGGAUUCAACUAAAGCAGCUAAUGUAAUUUCCGAACCACAGAAGUUUGCAGAUCUCAUAAAAACUGUUAUUAAAAAUCCGGCUAUGAACUUGCCAAUGAUGAUGCUAAAUAACUUUAAUACGAGUUAAAUUGGAAGUUAGAGGAGGCAAUUUGUUAUGCUGCACAAACCUAUAUUCUGUACGUUUCCUUUUUACCAGAGAUGCCAAGUAUAGACAGUAAUGGAAAAUUAAUAUUAAAAAUUCUUGCUUAAAAACCGCUGGCAAAAUAAUUCAAACAGAACACUUUGUCCAACCAUUUUACCCCAGAAUUCAUUCUACCCCCAAUCGUCAGACGAAAACACUAACUAUCAAAGCACUUAGAGAGACUAGGUUGUACCAGGUGAUUUAUUAAGGGUGUCACAGGGUAGCAUAUUUCAGAGCCUGUAUAUUAUGUAGGUAACAUAAAUGUACAUGGAUGUAGCCACAUUUUCUAACUAUAAUUUUUUUGUAGUAGACCUGAGGAAGUUUUGGACUUUAACUUAUCGGUAUGAAGGUAGAAUGUGGCGGAGCCACGAACUUAUAAAUAUUUUUAAGUUCGUGGGCGAAGCGGAAUAGUCUGCAAGAAACAAGCCAAGACUCAUGGUUUUCUUCCAAUUUAAAGUUCCUAGGUAAUUUUAUAGUAUUUGUAGUUUUUUUUGAGUCAUGGGUUGAUAAAUUAUCUUACAAACGUGCCAACAUCGAAUCAUCGUGCAACUGCGGAAUAGGAGAGAGGUAAAUUUCAGGUUAAGAUGCAUCUUGGAUGUAUUAUCAUUUUUCAGGGUAUAAUUAUAGAUUAAAUACUAUUUUGGACCUAUCUAUGUCCCUGUUCUCAUUUUAACAUUUUUUUUACAAUUCAGUUUUAAUUCUUGGACUUCCAUUGGAAAAACGUCUAGUAUUUUAUUUUCCUUGUCUUUAUCUACAUUAAGAUACUCAUGAAAAUGUACUUUAUGCACUAGUUUGUAUAUUAGGAAUUGCCCAGACAGUCACAGAAAUCAUAGAUUUCUUUAAAUUUCCAUUAAAUCCAUCCUUACAAAAAUCUUGGAGGAAGAUCUGUCAUGUAAGUCUGACUAAAAAUGUCACCAAUUAUCGAGUUUGCUCCAAACACUUUUCCGGUUCUGAUUUUAAUAACCCUGAUAAUCCUGUGCGACUUAGAUAGAAUGCUGGAGUAGAAAUGAUAUUCAGUAAAUUCGGAUGGAGUAGAAAUACACCUAUUUGUUCAGUUUAAAGAAAAUGAUGACAUGCAGAUUGACAUAUCCUUCUCAAAAACUGAUUUUCCUAACCGACUUAAUCUAGACUACCUAUCUACCGACUAAUAAGUGUUGGUCAUUCUAAAAAACAGAAAAAGUGUUGACAAUCUAAAAUGCUUUCAAAAUAAACAAAAAUCU